UAGUCGGUGCGGUAUGGCUGUGCGGGCCAGGACGGGAUACUACCGACAGGAGGUAAACAGAACCGCGUGGGAGGUUCCCGAGAGGUACCGGGACCUGAAGCAGGUCGGAACAGGAGCCUAUGGGACGGUGUGUUCAGCAUGGGACCGCCGGAUGGGGACGCAGGUGGCCAUCAAGAAACUCCAUCGGCCCUUCCAGUCUAAACUUUUUGCCAAAAGGGCCUACAGGGAGCUGCGACUCCUCAAACACAUGAAGCAUGAAAACGUCAUUGGGCUGCUGGACGUUUUCACUGCUGAGAUCGCAUUGGACCGCUUGCGUGACUUUUACCUGGUGAUGCCGUUCAUGGGCACUGACCUCGGCAAGCUGAUGAAGAUGGAGAGAUUGUCAGAGGACAGGGUGCAGUUCCUCGUCUAUCAGAUGCUGAGAGGACUCAAGUAUAUCCACUCUGCAGGGAUCAUUCACAGGGACCUUAAACCUGGAAAUUUAGCCAUCAACCCGGACUGUGAGCUAAAGAUUCUUGAUUUCGGCCUGGCAAGGCAGGCCGACGCGGAAAUGACCGGCUACGUCGUGACGCGCUGGUACCGAGCGCCCGAGGUUAUCCUCAACUGGAUGCACUACACACAAACUGGUAAACCCUCGUCACAUUUUGUGUCAACGGGAAUGGAGGAAAAAAAGGCGAAGAGACCCUGUUUCACGACGAGAGAGCUGACGUUUUUCUCUCUUGUUGCAGUGGAUAUUUGGUCGGCAGGUUGUAUCAUGGCAGAGAUGCUGCUGGGGAAGCCGCUGUUCAAAGGAAGUGAUCACCUGGACCAGCUCAGAGAAAUCAUGAAGAUUACAGGAACCCCAGCGGCUGACUUUGUUGUGAAGCUACAGAGCCAAGACGCCAAAAACUACAUCAGAAGUCUGCCAAAAGUGCCAAAAAAAGACUUGCACUCCCUUUUCUCCAAAGCUAGCUCAAAUGCGGUGUGCGUCCUGGAAAAGAUGCUGCUCCUGGACCCGGAGCGGAGGGUGAGCGCCUCGGAGGCGCUCGACCUGCCUUUCUUCAGCGAGUACAGAGAGGCCGAGGAGGAGACUGAGGCGCUGCCUUAUGAUCAGACCAUGGACAACACGGACCUGCCGCUGGACCAGUGGAAACGUAAGAAAUGUCACACUUUCACGGAGAUACUGACCUUCAGGCCGCCCAGGGACUCCAGAGAGACGUCACUUUAAGAGCACACACGUAC